AUGUGAUUGGCCAAGUCUCCCAGAAGCUGGCGAUGGGUUCAACACCAAAUUAUCAUCAUUCGGCUUCACUUGAAUAACCCGGCGGGGAGCGGAGCGUUGGGACACGUGGGACCUGGCGGCCAACACAUAAAAGGUCCACUUGAGUGAAUUGACGAGAUGAACGCUGUCCAAACAUUUGCGCUGAGAUACAUGCUAUUCGUUUUCUCUCAGAGGGACAAUGGAUUUCUGGACAUCCAAAGGCAUGGCAUAGCCCCUUCUCGCUGUCUGUGGCAGCUUCUUGGAUCAAAAACAGGCUCGGUUUUCGAGCGUUCAAGCCUAUCAACAUCGUGGUGUGCAAUAUCUUGGCUUUGUUUCCAUGUUCCGAGUGUGGAUGCUCUUCCACCUCUACACCGGGCUUGGGCUGCGGGAGAUCAACGGCUACAACGUGUCGGUGAAUGUGUCCAAGGAGGACUCACCACUCGCGCCGGCCAUCCAUGCUGCCUUGACGCUGGGGAGUAAAGAGCGUCCGACGGAGGUGGCGAAUGUGGAGGUGUUUUCAGAUUGGAAAAACUGGGAUGAUGAUACUUGGUUCCGAGACGUGAACAAGAGGCACGAGGACCGCAAGAAGCAGUUCUUCAAUAGCGAGGUACCCCGCACCCGUGGAUCGUCGCUGCUUGCUUCAUCGUCCCCAACUGGGUCGUCCGACCUCUGGCAGGCUCUGGAGCGACAUCACUAUCAUGCUGGUGCAGCGGCUGCGGGUGGAAUGGCCGUCUUCAUCACGUGCAUUUGGUUCAGCUGCUUCUUCAGCAUUGUCUGCUGUCCAUGCUGUCUUCUUUGCCGAGGCCAUUUGAAGGCACGUGGCCUGCGAGAGAAGCUGGAGCAUUUGCAGCUGGCACACCCACCCCAUGCGGAGCGCCAAAGCAUGGCGCAGCUGCCGGACGGCAUGAUGCGGCUGGCGCAGGAGGAUCGAAUCUUGAUCAAGGAGAAGGUGAAUACCUUGCAGGAACUUUCAACGCACAUGGUGGGCUACUCCAUCCAGACGGCCAACUGCUUCGAUGUGGUCUCCGUCGUGGGCGGCGGGGAGCACGUCUUGUCCUGUCGUGAGGUUCAGGACCUGCAGGCCAUGCUGGGCAUGAACCUGGCUGGGGCGCUGGGUGCCAUGGGCGUAGAUGCGGCGAAUGCCUACGCCGGACGUGACAAGGCCCCCUUCCGUAUGUGUGUGGGGCUCCCGCCCUUGGGCGGUGGUGCUGGUGGCAAGCCUGGUGUGAUGCAGGUGACGGUGCCCGAAGGCGUCUCUUCAGGGCAACAGAUCCAGGUGACCAGCCCCACAGGGGAGCAGUUCGUGGUGUCCGUGCCUCCAGGUGUUGGGCCUGGGCAGACCAUGGAGGUGCAUUUGCCCAGCAAGAACCAGGGCCCCAGCAUGCAGACCAUGAUGGAAGGUUUGGUCCCCGGCGCCGCGACCAACAACGACACGCCCUUCCUCUACCUCGACAGGCCCUUCGCCAUCGACUGCUGCUGCGUGAACCGACCCAAAGUGGAUGUGUUCGAUUGCCGCGGAGGCGCGAUGGUGAAGCUAGGCAUCAUCUCGGACCCCUUCGCGUGGAUGGACAUGACCUUCGGCAUCCACAUCGGCCCCAAUGCCAGCGAGUCGGACGUGCCCGCUUUGUGGGUGCGCGGUGCGGCCUGUCAGCCCGGUGCCACCUGCACGCUGUGCGGGCUCUGUUGUGGGAGGAGCUGCCAAGAGGCCUAUUUAGAAGUGAUCGAUCCGCAUGAUGGAGAUAAGACGGUGGCCUUCAUCACAAAGGGCUGGGCUGGGGGAAUGCAGGAGAUCUUUACCAACGCCAACUGCUUCUACGUGGACUUUGGUGAGGUCAAGGACCCCGCCUGCAAAGCUCUGCUCUUGGCCACAGCCCUCUUUCUGAACUACAGAUUCUUUGAGGGCCGCGCUGGUUCCACGAAGCACGGCGACUGAAUAUGAAAGCAUGGCAUGGAAAAAGGAUGGCUGGAGACUCUGGGAAUCGGAAGGGGAUGGAGCUUUUUGGAGCAAGUUGGGAUCCUUAGA